AUGCUUAAGAGAAACAAGAAGGAGACUCGAAACUAUGGGUUGAGUAAUGGCAAAAGAGGCAUUCGGUUUAGUGGUCUUGGUCAUGUAACAUUCAAGCUACUUAGUAAGGUUGAUGAAGCUACAACUAGAGAGGUAACGGGGCAUUUUGAGUGUGAAGAAGAAAUAGAUCGGGUUAACGAUAGGCUUUGGGCUGGAUUAGGGAUCACAAAUUGUGUUGAUGUAGUGGGCACGUAUCGUGGGCCGAGUGGUUGUUGGGUUGUGGGUCUAUAUAAAGAUGUGAGAGGUGGUGGGCUUUUGGAUGAGGCUAUUCGAAGAGAAAUUGGAGUUAUGUCCGCAAUAGUUCUUGGAGAAGGAGAUGAUGAUAUGGUGGUAGCAGCAACAAGAGUGCACAUUACAAGUAGUAGCAACAUGAAUAUUCAUGGUGAUACUAGGAGUUGUUGGGGAAGAGGAAUGCACGAGUAG